ACAGAUGCAGCUAUGCGUACAGAGAUGCAGCGCAUACGUGUCAGAACGUGUCUUCCGUAGCUAGCUAGAUAACAGCAAAACAGGUAUUUUACUUCUUUCUGUAUCCAACGUUCUAUACGCUGUAAAACAUGGCAUGGCAUUGCAGUGGAACUACAAACCAGGAAAUGAUAACCAAAUUAAAAGAAGCAGGUAUCCUGACAACAGACCGUGCAGAAGCAGCGAUGCUUGCUGUAGACAGAGCAAAAUAUUGCCACGAAACAAAUCCAUAUCUGGACCGGCCAAGAAGAAUUGGUUAUAAUGUUACAAUUAGCGCUCCUCACAUGCAUGCGUAUGCAUUGUCUAUCUUAUCUGAUCAGCUGUUCGACGGAGCAAAAGCUUUGGAUGUUGGUUCAGGGUCUGGUUACUUGUCUGCAUGUAUGGCGUUUAUGGUGGGUUCGCGUGGUCGUGUGAUCGGUAUUGAUCACAUUCCAGAACUAAUAGAAAUUUCAACGAAAAACGUAAGCAAGGAUUGCCCUCACUUCAUGAAGGAAGCACGUGUUAAAUUUGUAGUGGGAGACGGCAGAUUGGGAUAUGCUGCUGACGGCCCUUACAACGCGAUUCACGUAGGAGCAGCAGCGGAAACCUUACCACAACAGUUGAUAGAUCAACUGGCACCUGGUGGACGGCUAAUUUGUCCCGUUGUUACCAUAGAAGGUUUUCAAAGGCUUCAAGAUCUGCUCCAGGUGGAUAAGAACGCCGAUGGUACGGUUGUAAAGAAAAAACUGAUGCAAGUUUCCUACGUUCCUCUUACCGAUCCUGUUAGUCAAUUGCUAAACGAUUGUUAAGAAUUUUAUUAGUAAUUUCAAACGUUUAAAAAUGGUUUAGACAGUUUUCAGUAUUGAAACGGGAUCAUCAUCGUCGACAAUGGCAAUGACGGUGUGACGAUGGCUAUGAUGUUGACGAUGAACAGCGUUUAAACGAAAUUAAUACCUUCUUUCCCAUACGUUACGUGACCUUUUUGCGCUAGUAAUUUUUCUUUUUUCUUCUUAC